AUGAAUUUACCCCCAUCAUGGUUUAUCGAAAUAGCUCAUCAGUCGUUGGAUAGUACCACUCUAAAAGUAGAAUGUACUCGAUUUCUUUACAAUGAGUUAUUAUUUACAUUGAAUAGUCUUUUAAUUGAGAUGCGCAUGUAUGCUAGAACAUGUAAACGUAAACAAACUAUUGUCGGUGAUUUUAACUUGGCAUUAAAUGCCAGAAACAUUGAACCACGAAUUCAUCAUCGACUACAUCCAUCAUCCGAUGAGGAGCUGAAUUUAUCAACAAUGUGCCUAAUGGAAGAGCCUUAUUCGCAAACAAAAAUAAAACUAAUACAGAUCUCGAUACACUGGCUAGCCAUUAAUGGUCGACAACCAAUAAUCCCAGAAAAUCCCAGUCUACAAAACUCGAUAGACAAGCCUGUAAACAAGGUGAACAUGAAAUCGAAUCCCCUUAAAUUCGAUUUGACGACUGAACAUUUAUCUCCGAAAGCUUCUGUAAUACAAAAACUGUAUGAAAUUGGACGAUUAACUGAACACAGUCCAUCAAAUAAAACAUGGUCAGCCAAUGCUGAUCAAUAUUUCAUUCCGACAAACGAAUGUUCAAACGUUUUACAAAAUGAUAGUAAAUCUAACAGUAUUAUUGCUCAUGAAUUGAGUAUUGAACAACAAUUAUAUUAUAAAACGUUAACUGAAGCAUGUUUUAGUACCAAUAAAAGAGUAUGUCUCGAAGCAUUAUCAAGUUUGACAACGGAUGCUGCCAUUACACCUCUUGUACCACGUUUAAUUCUAUUCAUUAGUGAAGGACUUCGUGUCAAUAUUAUUUUGAAAGAUCUGCGAUUUAUUUUUCGUCUGUUAAUGAUGUUAAAAAAACUAUUUGAAAAUGUCUAUGUUCAAUAUCUCGAUCAAUUACAUCUUGUUUUACCAAGUUUGUUGACAUGUUUGUUGUGUAAUUUUGAAAAAAAUGAAUAUAUUCUAGAAAAUGUAGAUUCACAACAUGUGCCUAAUUCUAUAUCGUAUACGAUAUGGACAUUACGAGAGUAUGCAAGUGAUAUUAUUCAAAGUACAGUUAAAAAAUUAAAAUAUUUAUCGUUUCUAGAAACUCGAAUUUUAAAUGUGAUUAUAAAUUCAAUGAAAUAUCGUGAACAAACAUAUUCGACUGUUUAUGCCUGUAUUCGAACACUGUUAUUUAUUGAUUCAUCAACUCAUUUAACAUGGAUAGAAGACUAUUUAAAACAACGAGAAGAAGUACGUCAACAACAAUUGCAUCAUAAAGUUGACUUUGAUCUGAAUUCAAUACAACAAGAACAUCUAUUUCAGGAAAAAUUAACAGUGUUGCUAAAAAAGUUUCAAAUUAAUGACUCAAGAACAAUUUAG